AUGUCUUCAGAGAAUGUCGAGGUCUUCCUGGCCAGCGUGCCUGAGAACGAGAUCAUCCCCGACAAGACCUUCGCCCAGAGAACUGUGCCAGUCCCGUCGGCCUCCAACCUCAAGGAAGGGCAACUUCUCGUCGAAACGCUCUAUGUUUCCCUCGAUCCGAUUCUGCGCAAAUGGCUCACCGCACCCAACCCGGCUAUGAACAUGAAGAUCGGCGACCGGAUGCUCAGUCCGACGCUCGCUCGAGUAUUGGCUUCUCGUUUCUCAACCUAUGAAGUCGGCGACUUGGUCAAUUCGUGGACCGGCUGGGUCAAUUAUGCCAUUGUCGACGCCGAUCAGGUUCAAAAGGCGCCUCUGCCGGAGGGCGCCAAGGUCAGCGAUGCGCUCGGCCUGCUGGGCCUCACGGGUCUGUCGGCGUACGUGGGUAUGUUGCGCAUUGGUCGGCCGAAGAAGGGAGAGACCGUCGUGGUCAGCGCCGCGGCUGGCGCGGUGGGAAAUGUUGCUGCUCAAAUUGCCAAAAUCCAGGGCGCCAGGGUCGUGGGUAUCGCUGGGGGAGCAGAGAAGUGUCGCUUUCUCGUGGAAGAGUUGGGCUUCGAUGCUGCCGUGGACUACAAAGCGGCGGAUUUCGAGGAGAAGUUCGCCGAGGCCGUCGGAGCCGGUAUUGAUGUCUACUUCGAUAAUGUUGGCGGAAAGAUCCUACAGAUGGCUCUCGACAAGGCGAACAAGCUCUCCCGCAUCGUCAUCUGCGGCGCUGUGAGUAUCUACAACAAGACGGAUACCUACAGUGGCAUCAAGGACGCCUACCGUCUCGCCCUGCUCUCGAUCACCGUGCAAGGCUUCAACGCCUUCGACUACCUUUCUGAGUUCCCCAACGCUCGUGGGGAUAUUCUGAAGUGGACACAAGAAGGCCAGCUGCAGCGCGCCGAGACAGUAGUCCGUGGAGGCCUGGAGAAGGCACCGGCUGCGUUGGCAGACCUGCUGAAGGGAAAGAACGUAGGUAAGAUGGUCCUGGAAGUUAAGGCGCCAUGA